CGGCCCUCUUCCCUCUGUCAGAGAGGCUAAAAGGUCCGCCAGACACUCAGUCUAACCUCCUCUUUUCCUCAGAUUCCCCCCUCCAGCAUUGAUGCCCACCUCCUCUUGAUAACUCAGUCCGCCUAAGAUCUCCGCCCACUUGAAUUCACACCUAUGUCUGUCCGACAGGUGGACACAGGUGGCAACUAAACUGAGAUUCCUGACCCAGGUCAGUUUAGGAAAAAUUGACCUAGACUGGGCGCUUUUGUCAGCCAAAACAGCUGACAUCAAAACGGAGACGUUUUCUGUUUCAUUGCUGUUGCUAAUCAAGGCACUUGAAGGUGACUUUAUUUUUGAAGAACCUUUUUCGUCGUCUGGUUGAGAGCCAUCCUUGAAACGCCACCAUGUGGGAGUUCCGGUCCAUGAAUUUUUGGCGGGCAGUCUUUGCAGAGUUCUUCGGGACCAUGUUCUUUGUGUUUUUUGGCAUGGGCGCUGCCCUGCGCUGGACCACCGGGCCUCACCACGUCCUCCACGUGGCCCUGUGUUUUGGACUGGCAGCUGCCACCCUCAUCCAGUCCAUUGGCCACAUCAGCGGCGGCCACAUCAAUCCUGCCGUCACCUUUGCCUACCUUGUCGGCUCACAAAUGUCUCUUUUUCGGGCCGUUUUCUACAUCGCCGCCCAGUGCAUGGGCGCUGUAGCGGGGGCUGCUGUGCUGUACGGGGUCACACCUGGCAACAUGAGAGGCAACAUGGCGAUGAACAUGCUGCAGCCUGGCAUCAGCCUGGGUAUGGCCACCACCGUGGAGGUUUUCCUCACCAUGCAGCUUGUCAUCUGCGUCUUUGCUGUAACUGAUGAGAGAAGAAAUGGGCGUCUGGGAUCCGCUGCCCUCUCCAUCGGCUUCUCUGUCACCAUUGGACAUCUCAUGGGGAUGUACUACACUGGUGCUGGAAUGAACCCUGCCAGGUCCUUUGCCCCUGCUGUAAUCUUCAGAAACUUUAUCAACCACUGGGUGUAUUGGGUCGGCCCCAUGAUAGGAGGUGCCCUGGGGGCUCUGCUGUAUGAUUUCAUGCUUUUCCCACGCAUGAGGGGUCUUUCUGAACGCCUGGCCACACUGAAGGGCAGCCGACCCCCUGAGAGUGAGACCCAGCAAGAAACCAGGGGGGAGCACAUCGAGAUCAAGACACAAGCCCUAUAAACCUUCACCUGCCUCCCCCUUUUUUCUAAACUGGGGCUGAAGAAUGAAGGACAAGGCCCUGAGCUAGACUUGCCCCCCAACUCCACCGAACGCCUUCACACAUGCCAUCACACACACUAACCCCAUUCUGUCACGUAGACUAACACUUUGACUGAUUUUAUGGUUUUUAGGGCUCACCACCUUCAACCUCAAAACACAACAGGACUCCUCUAACCCCACUUGUCACUUUUUAUUUCCAACUGGACAUCAUGCUCGUCAUAAAAUGUGAUCAAAGCCUGAAUCAGUAGCCAUCUUGUGUCUCCCUUCCUUCAUGCUUCCUCUUCAUGACCAGAUUUUUGUCCAUGAGAGAGAAUCCUGAGAGCAAACAGACGUUUGAGGGAGGAGAUUAUUGGGGAAAUACAGGGGAAGGAAGCAGAAUGAGAGUGAGGCAGGGAUGCAAGGAUGACUUGGGCAAAGGAAGAGGACGUGGGGCAGAUGAGGAUGGAUCAGAUGGGGUUUGGGUUUGACAGAGAGGGUAACACUUCGAUCUGUUUACUUUUUAAGUUGGGUUAGAACAUUGAAGAUGGAAAUUAUUUCCAUAAUUCAUCUGACAGUAUUUCCAUUUUCAGCUUUUUUCUCUUUUCUGUUUUUUUCCUGCACUUCAGACACAAAACGUGGAUGUAUAAUAUCAUUAGAAAUGAACAGCGCUUCACUUUUUUUUUCAAUCAUUGCAUUUUAUCUGUGGUUUUGUGCAUAUGCGCGUGAGAGUGAGCAUGGGAGUGUGAGAGUGUGCACCUGCCUGUGGGUUGUUUGCAAGCAAGUGUGUAUAUGUGUGUAAGUGUGCGAUCAAGUUUGCAGACGAUGCAUUGUUUUGUCGUCACGACAGCUCUCCUGUUUUGUAUCAUUCUUUGUCAUCCAUUUAUGAAACCGCAUCAGUUUUUCUCUCUUCACUGUGGUAUUUACUAUGAUAUUCAUUUUUACAUCAUUCAUCUGCUUAUUUUGUUCCGAACCAGCGCAAUCCAAAGAUAGUGUUGUCUCCCAGGCUUCAGUGGUAGGUCUGCAGAAAAGCUGUGCGCGCUUUACAUCGAGUCUACUUUUAUCUUUUGAUCAUUUCUUGGACCACAUGGUAUUUCAAUAAAAUAUCAAUGAAAUAAACACAAUCUUGAUACAA